AUGUCUCCAUUUGUGUGCGCCAUUUUCUUGCUCCAUAUUUCAUUGCUGUCCACCGCCGCCAACCUCACCGUAGUCUACGAGUGGCCCGGUGGAUUAGAAUACGAGUGGCCAACAUUUCAACCAGUGGAUAUUGAACCUCGAUACAUGGCUGUCUACGGUUCAAGGAUCUUUCUCAGUCUUGAGUAUAAGAUUAAUCGCGUUCCGCCGGCUACUCUGGUGUCUUUGCCAACGAGCAGCGAGUCUUCUGCGUCCCCGAAAAUAACUCCAUUUCCUUCGUGGGACAUGCAUGGAAUAGGAAACUGCAACAAGAUUGAAUAUGCAUCAGGGCUGGAUGUGGACACGGUUGGCAGGCUCUGGGUUCUGGACAGCGGUAGCUCCCAAUGCAAAUCCAAAAUAUGGAUUAUCGAUUUGAUGAACAACAAUGAAAUCAAUCACAUUCCUUCGUUUUCUUCUGACGGCUCGAUGCAUGAUUUGGUGCUGGACGAAACUGCCAACGAAACCUUUGCCUACAUCUCGCUGUGGGGUGAAGAAUACAUUGUCGUGUAUUGUUUGGAAAGAAAUGAAUUUUGGAUUGUGCUAACGCCAGAUGUCAAGGUUUUUUCCAUUGCCCUGUCCCCUAAAAAGGAUCAGGAACCGAGACAGCUCUACCUUGGCAAACGAAACUCCACUGAACUGUAUUCAAUUUCCGUCGCCGUAAUCCACAAAGUAACUGGAAAAGCAGAACCGGAACUAGUCGGAAAAUGGACUGCAAAGCAAUCGUAUAGAAUGCUGAUGGACAACCACGGGACCUUCUACGCCCGCCAUUACAACCACCAGCGGUACUACUACCACACCUCAAAAGACCAAACCAACGCCUCCUACCCCUACAGAACGAUCUUGUGUGUGCAGUCCAUCCACAACAACAUCCUCUACGCUUGCUGA